AUGGCCUUUCAGCAACCUAAGAUACCAAUUCCAGCACGAACGAUCGCAUCUCCAGCACCUGAACAAUCUCUUGAUUAUACCAGACCUAGCUUCCCUCAGGCCCGCGAAGAACCUCAAGAAUGGAUACUCUUCCCUCAGGCAGAGUCCCAUCGCCAAACAGAAACUGCUUCGACGGACAGGACGCCGAAGACAGCUGGACUGUCUAGACUUAGUGACUUUGGCUCCAUUGAAAGUGCUUUCAGAUCAGAGAGAGAGCGCGACCUACCAUGUCAGGCAACGCUGGGUUCAGAAGAGGACGAGAAAGAGCUAGACAGCUUGGAUGACGGCCUACAUGCAUUUCGAGAACCUCAUCAUCUUGAUCAGAGCAACUCCAUCUUCCCACGGCAUGAUGGACUAGGCGCCUUUCCUGACUCCAGCUCCGACGUACAAAGGCAGAUAUGGCAUUUUGAACGGUACAAUCCUCGCAAGCGGUUAUCCGUCGCACAUGAUAGGAGACCAUCUAUUGUGAAGCGGAAAAUUGAUGCCAUCGAAGCCAGUGAAGCGCCAGUAGAUGAUGAGAAAAGAGAGAGGAUAGAGAAAUGGCGGCUGGAGCAUUCGAGGAUCUUGCUGAACGAGAUUGAGAAAGAGACUAGGAGGCGACGGCAAUCCAUCGCGAAGAGUCAUACUGGAGCUGAGAACUCCGACACAUUUGCCGAUAGGCAGAGCGGUUCCAGGAAAGUCCAGCAGCUGAGGGAAACGGUUGCUAGCCAGAGCAUCCAUGAACAACGUGCACCGUCCAACGACAACAGCGAGUCAUUCCUCCAAAAUUUUACCCGUCGAGUCAUCCGCGACUUUGUGGGUAUUGAUGAGGAUGUCCUCUCCGUGAUAUUUGGGGAAGCACUGCCUGCACAAAUACAAGAAGAUCUUCAGCCUACUUUCGAAUCUACUGCACUUGUAGCUACUAGCUCGAACGGCAAUGCUUCGUGGGAGACCCGAUUACUCACAAGAUUAGCCCGAGAGCUUGGCUUCCUCAUUGAUCAUUUGACCGAGCAUCCAGGUGCAUUUUCGACUUUGCCACCCCCCAGUCCUCCCUCCUCCGAAUAUGCUGGGAUACCUGUUACACAGCCUACAUCUUCGCGUACGCGCCUUUCUCAAUCUACGCAUCAGCGUUCGAUACCUCCUCCCGCUUCUCCCUCCUUCAACUUUAAACCCUCUUUCCCACCUUCAAAUCUAACACCCGAUUUCAAUGCUCCAGCAGCGGACAUCCACAAGCACGCGUCCCUAUGGGGUAUAGAAGAAGAACCAGACUCUUCACCCAAAUCAUUUGAUCAUGACUAUUGGUCUCGACCAGCGAACCCUUCCUCUCUCUACCGCAUCCUUCAAAACCACUUCUGGCGACCUCCGUCCUCUACAACGCCCAAGCCCACGAAGGCCAAUCUCGCCACGACAUCAACUGCCGACACGCUCCGACGCACAGCCGUUAUAAGACAGUAUCACCCUCUCGUCAGUCGCCAAUGGGAGAACCGAAGAAGAAGCUUCCAAAGUCGAGGAUAUGCUGGCAGCAGUACAUGCGGCAGUCAAUCGCUGAGAAGAAGUAAGGUGCGGAGAGGAAGUGAUGCUUUGUCGUCAACGACAAGCGUUGCUAGUGGAGGCUAUUCAUCGCGGAAUUUUUGGGACAUUGGAAUGGGCUCGCCAGGUAGAGGAGGAAGUGAAGCAGGGAGUCUGGUUGGCGGACCAGCGGGAUUGGGGCUCUGGGGAGAGGUGUGA